CGACUCUCUAGCCACUUAGUUGGAACGCAUCGGUAUUUUGGCACAACCAUCCAAAUAUACUGUUCUAUCCGACUACGCUAUCGUGUUCUUCCUUGGUCUCGUAUUCGUGGAUUAAAAUAUCAACUUAUAGUUUAAGGUGUAACGUUUGCUGCUGUGGAUUUCUACUUCCACAAAAUUCGGGAUGUUUUGGUUGGUCGUUUUGUGUUGAAACCAUUCGUAAACCUACGGUACGUGACCUUGACAUUUAUUCAUCUCAUAGCGAACAAAGCCGGCUGAUUUUUCCUCUUUAAGUUUUACAGUGAACAACAUUCAGCAAAAGCGAGGAGCAGACGGAAGUGGUAGGUUCGCUUGGAAAAUUGCAAUAUUAUUUUAUAACUUUAUCAAUUCUGCUAUGUUAACCAAUAAUACUUGUUUGUCGGUAGAGAGUCCAUGCCUGGGGAGGAAAAAACGAACUGGACGCAACAAUUAGAAGCGAUUUUUGUAAGUACUUUCUAUAGAUAUAAGUAAGGGAAGAAGUGUGUCAACUUCAGACCAUUCGGUUCUUAAUUUUAAGUUAUUUUAUGUGCUAAUAACCAGUGUAAUCUUAGACUGCAUGCAACUGAAGAAUAUUCCUGAAAUAAAACGAUAUCAUUUUAUUCUACAAAUCUGCGCCUCCAUACUUUGUCCAAAUUUAAAGGGAUCCAAGUAAGUGAAAUGAUAUAAUGAUUUUUCCUAAGGUUAAGUUUAAAUGUCCAAAACUGCACUUUCCUAAUGGCUUUUUGAAUCCUGCACAGUUCAAUGCCUAGUGAGCAGAAACGUUUGAACAUCUUGCUGACAUUCCAUACGCGUAAGUGGUACUCGAGAACAGCAAGCCCGAGAAAACCAAACAGGCGUUAGACCCGGCAGCGAGUGUAUCGACCAAAUAUUCACACUGAGCCAGGUUCUGGAACACAAACACGCUUACCGACGCCCGACAACUAUAUUUCUCGACCUAAAGGCAGCAUUCGACUCCGUUGGUCGAGAGGUCUUAUGGCAGUGUCUCUCACUGAAGGGUAUGGCGAGUAUGCACAUCACCCUGUUGAAGGCUGUCUACUCGAACGCUUGCAGUGUGUUAGAGCCUAUGGUGAGAUGUCCGGGGAGCUGUGUUCAUCGAGUGGUGUCCGCCAAGGGUGCCGAUUGUCUCCAUUCUUAUUCGAUUUUAUCAUAGAUAUUCUUAUAGAGGUCUCCCUCUCAUCGUCUGACUACACAGAGGUCGAUCUAAUCACAGGAGAAUUUUCGUUGAACCUAGAGUACGCAGAUGACAUAGUCCUGCUAGGUGAAGACGCUAACUGAUGAGAUUCAGAUUCUUGUGAACACUUUGAGUGGGAAUUUGAGAAUGUUUGGAAUGCGUUUCUCACCACCUAAAUGCAGAGUGUUGCUCCGUGAUUGGUUUUCUACGGUGCCUUGGCUAACAAUAGAGAGUGUAGUGGUUGAAUGUGUCGACCACUUGACUUAUCUGGGAAGUGGGAUCAGGCCUGCCCUGUUGGCUCAGUGGCCGAUGAAAUCUCUUCACGGAUACAAAAGGCCUGGUUGGCGUUUGCCAGCUUACGCCACUUGUGGCUCCGCCGUGAUAUUCGAUUGUCUAUUAGGAGUUGAGUGUACUGUACAGGAGUGCACUCUGUUCUACUGUAUGACUGUGAAGCAUGGCCAAUGAAGGUGGGAGACAUGAUAAGGCUUGAGGUGUUUGACCACUGUUGCCUUCGCAGUAUAGGCAGUAUUCCGUGGUGUCACUAUGUGAGUAACGCAGAAGUCAGGUGUAGAGUUAUAGGGAGAAGAGGUAAGUCAGUUGAUGAUGUUGUGAACAUUGCUGGUUGGGAGACGUGUUGCGUAUGCUUAGUUGUUGAUUGCGUCGUCACACAAUGUUAGUUGAAGUAGGUUCAAGCUGGAAAAAGGCUCGAGGUGACCAGACUAAAACACGUCAUCAAUGCAUCAAGUCUUUGACUGUUGGUUUAAGCCAUGUGUGGCGAUUCAGACUAGGUGGUUGGGGUCCGCGUGACAAGAGAAACCAAUGAUUGGAGACUAGGUGAUACGGCUGAGAUUCGAUGUCAGUGGCGCUGAUGCAUGCACACAUUAUCCCCAUCUUAAUGACGCUAUACCGAAUAUCUCUCUUUUCCUCUUUUAGUAGUUUAUAUUUCUUCUGAGUGAAUUUUGUUUUCUUCAUCUUCCACUUCACUUUCUUUUUACUUUGAUGUACUGAUAUGAGCUGUUGCAAUCCGAACCGUUACGCAGUACUGACUGGUCAUAUGUUGAUUUAGAUGGGUGAAAGUUUUUUCCCGAAGAGUUGAUUGUCAUAACCCUACAUUCGUAGAAAUAUGCCUCAAUUAUUAAAAGUAUCAGGCAAUCCUGUGAUUGAGUGUCGAAGUUACGUUCAGCGGUGGAAACAAAUCUAUAAAGGAAGAAGCGAAAUAUUGGACAAUGCAGAAAGCAGUCUAAACAGCUAAAGAAAGCUGGCAAAUAUGUAGAACACUCAAAUUUUUUCGAAAAGGGGAAACUUUUAAGGUAAUACACUAAGUUUAUAUUUCAAGAAAGUGAUUGCAUUUACCUCCUUUUUAGGGUUUAAUUGACACAGAAUGUUGUUUCUGAACCUUUUUGUUAAGAUCCAGGAAUAUUUUGUUCUUUGGAGGGUCCCAAAGCAGCUUUAUUUCACAAACCAAGCUAUGAUACAAUGUUAUUUUCUGUGUAAUAUAUCGAGUAGACAAAGUAAUAUGGAAUACAAUUUGUAAGUUGAAACUGACGAGUUGUCACAUGUGACUCUCUGGGAAUUCAACAAAAUAGCAGUUGCGAAAGAGUCAUUCCUCAUAGUGUUAAGAUGUCUGUAAAACAUUUGGUCUUACUCACUAUCAAAUCUAGACGCUAUUAGAAUAUUCAAGCAUACUGAUCUCAUUGAAAUUGGAGAAUACGGCUGCAGGAUCCAUUUAUGUUACAGAGUAAGCAGCUAAUUUUCUAGCACUAACACUACAUGAAGCAGCAUGAUUUCAUAUAGGUAGACGGUCCCACUCAUGAAAAUGAUGGAAGCCAUUUUUUGCAUGUAUUUCCAGAAAAUUAUGGUAAAAACAUGAUAGUGUGAAGUAAUUACUAAGUUAUAUCUACAUAAAAUCCUGACAAGUUAGAUAGUCUAUCAUGCUUUUCACAGACAUAAAAACAAAUUUAAAUUUUUUUUAUUUCGGUAUCAGAGAGGAUUUGGAAGUGGUAAUCCUCAUUUUCUGUAUUCCUACUUUUACUCCUGUUUAGUGGCACCUUACCUUCUGAAUUGAUAUCAUUUCGAAGUCAAGACUGUUAUCUUAUCUUGUAGUGUAAUGAACAAGCUUUGUUUACUGAAGUGUUUGUCCGUAUCUAAAUUUUUAGGAUAGGUAAUGAAAUUGCUAUGUGAUCUCUGGAGUGAGUUUCGUAUUUUCUUUGAUUUUCUUCUGCUGACUGGUUAUCGGAACAAGUUCCCAAGCCACUCUUUUCUCCAGGAUUCUAGACCCCACAUGGAACACUUGUUCGAAAUCAGGUUUUCAACCUUUUUUGAUAAACUUUACUUAAUCAUCGUCUAGUUUGAAGCGUUUGUCCUCCAUUUCCAACUAGAGUUUGAACGUAGCAAGUGUAAUCGCUCUUGCUUAGACUAAAAGCUCUCAUACUGGCUGUACUUACCACUUUUAUAAGUAGUUGCUCGUGUAGACUGAUUUUAUAAUCUGAUUUAUUUCUCUUUUUAACAGAUAAUGAAUCACCUCGGUAAAUAUGCUUUAAAAAUAUCAAAGGAGUUUAUUACUUUUCUGACAAAACAUCCAACCAGGCAUAUAUUAUUGGCAAUAAGUUUGGGGUUGGUAUCUUGGAGGAUAUCAACUAGUCUCCGUACAUAUCACAAUCAGAAAUUGUUAAAAGUAAAACGGAAGCGUGUUGAAGACAAUGUAGAAAAAGUCAGAAUGAGUUUGUCAAAUCUGCCUGAAUCAUCGAUACCGUAUGUAAUUUACAACAAGGAUUUAUCAUACUUGUGUGAGCAAGUAAAGAGCGGAACUUUGAACCCGAUUGACAUAUUACAUGCUUUUCAGUCCAAAGCAUUGGAAUUGUAUGAUAAUGGGAAUUCAGGUAUUGCGGAAUUUAUUUCAGAAGCAGGAGACUUUACUAUUAACAUGAUAAAAUCCCCAGUCAACGUUGAUAAAGAAUCCGAACUAUACGGGAUUCCGAUUAGUUUGAAAGAAACUUUUUCUCCGUGCGGUUAUGACAGCACUAUGGGUCUUAUAAAACGCUGUAACCAACCAAUGUGUGAUGAUUGUGUUCUCGUCAAAGUACUUAAAAGUCUUGGCGCAAUCCCUUUUGUGACGACUGUGACUAGCCAGUUGUGUCGUACGUUAGAUAGCUUUCAUUGUGUAUAUUGUGAUGCGAAAAAUCCGCGUAAUAAAUCCAGAAUGCCCGGUGGUAGUUCCUCUGGCGAAGCUGUUCUGUUGGCUUUGUAUGGUUCACCUGUUGGUAUUGGUAGUGAUAUUGGUGGCAGCAUCCGAAUACCAUGUGCAUUUUGUGGUUUGACCGGCUUGAAACCGACAUCUGGAAGAUUGAGUGUAUUAGGCAUGGCAUCAAGUGCUAAGACAUCAGUGCUAUAUAUAAAAGGUUGCGCAGGACCUAUGGGUAGAAAAGUGGAAGACUUAGCUCGUGUAAUGCGUGCAUUGUUGUGCCGUACAAUGUUUGAUUUAGACCCAUACGUUGUACCAAUGCAUUUCAAUGACGAUUCUUAUGAAGGAAAGAACAAAAGUAAAUUAGUAAUCGGUUACUACUGCAGCUUCGAUGAUCCUAAUCUCAUGCCAGUGUUGGAUGUGAAUCAGCGAGUUGUCGAGAAGGCAGUUAAAGCACUAGAAAAUGCUGGUCAUAAACUAGUAAAGUUUGCAGUUCCUCAUCCUUAUGAAGCUUAUGUCCUUGGUCUGCGUGCCCUGUUUGCAGAUGGUGGUCGUGAACUCUUAAGACAAUUACAAGGAGAACCACUCAGUCCGCAGUUAAAGCUUUUAAGUCUUUUAUUUGGAUUUCCAGAGUUUUUAAAACCGAUUAUAGGAGCUAUAUCCCGGCUUUUCGUUAGCAGACCGGUCAGUGUGUCAAGAGAACUUCGAAAACUAAAAGAUGGCCAAGCUGCUCUUAAUUUAAUUAAUGAAAUUAAUGCUUAUCGAUUUGAAUUUAGCCGAGUUUGGAAUGAAGUUGGUCCCCUGGAUGCGCUAAUCUGUCCAGUUUCUCCCUAUCCUGCCCCACCGGAAGAUGCUUCGCCAAUUUAUAUCUCACCCUCUAUUGUGUACACUUUCUUGUAUAAUAUUUUGGACUACCCUGCUGGAGCAGUGCCAGCCGGUUUUGUCAGCAAGGAAGAUGUUCAGGAUGCACUGGCAAAGUCUGCUUCACUCUCCGCUUCUGGUGAUGCUUACAUGUCCAAGGUUUACAAACUGUUAGAUGGAGGAGAGAAUUUGCCACUUUCUAUUCAAGUGGUUGGUAAACCGUAUCAUGAGGAAACGGUUCUUCGAGUUAUGCGUGAAGUGGAAAACUGUUUCACACCAAAAUCUGGAUCAUAACAUCGAGAAGGUAUUUCUGUCAUAUUAUAUUUUUCUUCAUUCUGUGUAUAGUCUGUGCUGUACCUUCAAAUGAUAUUUUUUAUGGAGACGACUUACAGUUUACACUUAGCUGGCUUUGACAAAAUGGUUUGGAUUUCUUAACCUGACUUUUUCAAACUGGAUAUUUAAUCAGCUGUAGUUUAGGACCUUUCUCUAUGGUUUCAAACUGUUUGUUUAUUUUCUUCGGUUAUUUGCCAGGAAAAAAAAAUACUUGUUUGAAUUAGUUUUGGUCAAAAUUUAUCAUACUCCUUCAAAUGGUAUGAUAGAUAAUAAUAAUAACGUUGUAACGUUC